AUAUGGCUCAGAGUGACUUCCUCUACCCAGAUAACCCAAGGAGGCGGCAGGAAGUAAAUCGUCUUCACCAGCAGCUCCUUGAUUGCUUAUCUGACAGCUUCCACGCUACUAAUAAGCUGAUAGGGGUUCUAAAUAUGCACUUGGGGUGCAAGCUGGCCUCCAUUGAGAUGAAAAGAGAUGGAACCAUCAAAGAAAACUGUGAUAUCAUCAUCCAAGCCAUAAUGAAAAUCCAAAUGGAAUUGCAAAAGGUUGAUGAAGCAUUAAAAGAGAAACUAGAGCCAACCCUUUAUAGAAAACUUCAGGAUAUAAAGGAAAAGGAAACAGAGAAAAUUGCAAUUGUGCAAAAGGUCAUUUCAGUCAUCCUGGGAGAAGCUACAUCUGCAGCCAGUGCAGUGGCUGUGAAACUCGUGGGCUCCAAUGUCACCACUGGCAUAAUUAACAAGUUGGUCACUGUGUUAGCUCAAAUCGGUGCUUCUCUACUUGGAAGUAUUGGAAUUGCAGUUCUAGGCCUUGGCAUAGAUAUGAUCUUCCGUGCCAUCCUGGGGGCAGUGGAGAAAACACAGCUUCAAGCAGCCAUCAAAAGUUACGAGAAGCAUCUGGUGGAGUUCAAGUCAGCCUCAGAGAAAUAUCAUCAUGCCAUUACUGAGGUCACCAACACAGUAAAACGCCAGAUGAAAUGAACAGUCAUUUUAUUUGUCACUAAAAUAUACUUCUGCUUCCCUCUCAACAAGUGCUUGCCUCUUUGAUUAGGUUCAUUUCUAUAAGCUUUACAUAUGGCCUUAAGUAGAGUACACAAUUUUAAAAGAACCGAAGAUGCUAGAAAUGGUUAUAUUUUUUAAGUUUUCUGCAUUUGCCUGCCACAAAGACAGUGCGAGUGAAAAUGAGAAAUCACCCCCAUGGGUGGAUGGCCACACCCCAAUACCUUCUCCUCCA